CGGUUUUUAGAUUUGAUGACCCCAAAAUUUAGUCGUCUCUCCUCCACUCUUGGCCACCAAGUCUCCGUCUCCGGGCGGCAGUUUCCGUUACUCAAUCCUACGUGGCUCUUUCUCUCUCCUCCCUCCUUUUCUCUCUCUUCUAUUUAACAAAUCCCCACACCACUUCUUCUCACCACCACCACCAUCGUCAUCAUCAUCCAAUCUUUCUCUCUCUGCCCCAAAAACACCCUUCUCACUCUUCUCUCUCGAUUCUCGGCGCGUGGCUUCCACCCGCUCAAAACCGCAGGCCUAAGAGAGCGGUAUCGGAAAGUUAGAGACUUUUCUUUCUUCUUCUUCUUCUUCUUCGUCGGUGUUUGUUUGGAGCCUAGGGUUUUCAGACGAGGAGGCGUUGAAAGCAAAGCUCAGUGGUUGCUAGGAGUCGAGGGAUUAGCGAUUGUGAUGAUUUUAGGGAUUGGCGGAUUGAAGUUGCGACGAUGGAUAUAGACGCAGUAGUAGGCGGCGAUUUUGCUUCACUGGAUCCUGAGCUUUUACAGCUCCCGGAAUUGUCACCCUAUUCUCUCAAAGCCAGUCCCCAAAUCGCCGACGAUUUGUUUUCUCAGUGGCUUUCGCUUCCUCAGACUGGCAGACUGGUGAAAUCUCUGAUAGAUGAUGCAUCGUCUGGCAUUUCUAUCGGUGCCCAAGGGAACUCUCUUAGUGCAAAUGCCGCUGGGAUCAACUCACUGCCUUCCAUGUUUCAGGCUGGUAGUACACCCCCACUUUCACCGCGAAGUUCCUCUGGCUCUCCACGCUCUUCAAAGCCGAAAACCAGCCCCUCUUCGCUGGGCUCUCCGCUAAAAUUGGUUAGUGAACCAGUGAGAGAAGCCAUUCCCCAGUUCUAUUUUCAAAAUGGUCGCCCACCACCUAACGGACUUAAGGAACAAUGUCUUUCCAGAAUUGAUGACCUUUUUAGCAGUCAUAUGGAUGGAUUGCAAGUGCAGGAGUUUAAGAAGGUUACAAAGGAAGUGUGCAAGCUACCGACAUUUUUAUCUUCUGCUCUCUUUAGAAAGAUAGAUACUGGCUGCAGUGGGAUAGUGACCAGGGAAGCAUUCAUCAGAUAUUGGGUUGAUGGCAAUAUGAUGACAAUGGAUACGGCAACUCAAGUAUUUAAAAUUUUAAAGCAGUCUGAUUGCAAUUACCUUACUCAGGUAGACUUCAAACCUGUACUUCUAGAGCUUGUGGCAACCCAUCCAGGACUGGAAUUUCUACAUGGAACUCCUGAAUUUCAAGAAAGAUAUGCUGAAACUGUCAUUUACAGAAUAUUUUACUACAUCAGUAGAUCGGGAACUGGCCGUCUUACCCUCAGGGAGCUGAAACGAGGAAAUCUUAUUGCUGCUAUGCAACAUGCAGAUGAGGAAGAGGAUAUUAAUAAAGUUCUGAGGUACUUCUCUUAUGAACAUUUUUAUGUAAUAUACUGCAAGUUUUGGGAGCUGGAUACAGACCAUGACUUCUUCAUUGACAAAGAGAACCUCAUUAGAUAUGGUAACCAUGCCCUUACCUACAGGAUCGUUGAUAGAAUAUUUUCACAGGUUCCGAGGAAGUUUACUAGCAAGAUCGAAGGGAAGAUGGGUUAUGAAGAUUUUGUGUACUUCAUGCUGUCAGAGGAGGAUAAGUCAUGUGAACCUAGCCUUGAAUAUUGGUUCAAAUGUAUAGAUUUGGAUGGAAAUGGAGUCCUUACACGGAAUGAGUUGCAGUUCUUUUAUGAGGAGCAGUUGCAUCGUAUGGAAUGCAUGGCCCAAGAACCUGUUCUAUUCGAAGAUAUUUUAUGCCAAAUAGUCGACAUGAUUGGACCUGAGAAGGAAGAUUAUUUCACACUAAAGGACUUGAAAGGUUGCAAACUUUCUGGAAAUUUCUUUAACAUCCUUUUCAACCUCAAUAAGUUCAUAGCGUUUGAAAGUCGUGAUCCAUUUCUUAUUCGUCAGGAACGCGAGGAUCCAAGUUUGACAGAGUGGGAUCGCUUUGCACACAGAGAGUAUAUAAGGCUUUCAAUGGAAGAAGAUGGUGAGAAUGCCUCUAAUGGAAGUGUAGAAGUUUGGGAUGAAUCAUUGGAGGCUCCUUUUUAAGUAAAAUGAGCUGCCUAUGAAAUAGCUUGAGAUGUUUUGUUGAGGUUUUCCCCAUUCAAUGAAGAAACAUCUGCUAAAUCAAGGAGCUUCAUGGUUCAUCAGUGAGUAUAGUCCUCUUUUAACAUUGAAUCUGAAGCUUGGUCAUGCAGCCUUCAUCAAAUGAUACAUUUCAAGCUUUAUCAUCUACCUUGGCACUCAAAGUUUACGCGAUAGGUGCCUUUGAUCAAAUUCAAGGUCCACCCUGAAAGCUAUGUGAAUCUCUCCUUUGCAAUGGAAGAUAUAACGCUCCACAGUCCCACAUCUCGCUUCACAGUCCACGUUGUUAUCAUGGGAGUUUGAUAAGCUGCUUACUUCUUUUCUUGUGCUCCUCUGUGGUUAAGGUGACCACUGGCAAGUUAUGUCUUGUUAAGUUGUGAACUUCAAAUGGCUUGUAAUAUUGCAGGGUUGUCUUCCCUAUCAUUGUAUCUUGUUUAUAGGUUCGUUUAUUGGAUUUGUGAUUAAAAGGUAUACGUGUGUGGAUGUCUAUGUAUUGUUUCACACUACCUAAAUGGCAUCCUCCCUCACUGCUCCAUUCAAUUGAACAAGAUUGGACAAGGCC